AUGCAUUACGCAAUCAAUUCUAUUUCAGAUCAAAUCAGAGAAGUGCUGAAAACCGAUGAGAGAGUCAAGGUGCUUGCCGAAGAACUCUACGAUAAGAAAUCUCUCCUCAUCAUGGGUCGAGGCUUCAACUUCGCUACCUGCCUAGAGGGGGCACUCAAAAUCAAGGAGUUGACGUAUAUGCACUCGGAGGGAAUCUUGGCAGGAGAGCUGAAACAUGGACCCCUUGCACUCGUCGAUUCCAAUAUGCCUUUGAUGAUGGUGAUAACGCGCGACCAAGUGUACUCGAAAUGCAUGAACGCACUGCUGCAAGUGACGGCGCGCGGCGGCCGCCCGAUCAUCAUCCUGGAGAAGGACGACGACGAGACGAAGAAGCACGUGGAGAAGAUGCGAUACAUCGAGGUGCCGCACACCGUUGACUGCCUUAGCAGCAUCCUCACCACCAUCCCGCUACAGCUGCUCUCGUACCACAUCGCCGUUCUGAAGAAGUGCGACAAUUCUUAG